AUGCUGGCGGGUCUGGUGGAGGACUUGGAGGUGGCAGGGGGAGACCAGGACGUGAUCUGCGACAGGCAUAAUCGGGCGAUGGAGAUGUUUUGCCAAAUCGAUCAACACUGCAUUUGCGAAGUCUGCGCCAAAUCGGAGCAUAGAAAUCACAGCGUGGUGCCUGUUGCCGUUGCCAGGACGGAGCGGCAAAACGACCUGACCAUGACACAGCGAAAGAUCCACCAGCAAAUCUCCAACAAAGAACGAGACCUCCAAGUCCUUCAGAUCGAACUGGACAAGACCUUUGAUUCGGCGGACAAAGCCUCUCGAGACUGCGACCACAUCUUCGGAGAGUUACUGAGUGUCAUCCAGAAGAGACACUCUGAAGUGCAGCACGAAAUAAGAUCCAAUCUGGAGAAAGAGGUGGUACGCGUGCAAAAAGUCCAGGACAAACUCGAGGAGGAAGUGUCCGAGUUGAAACGAAAAGAAGCUGAAAUUGCCAAGCUGUUUGUUUACCAAAACGACAGCCAGUUUUUGGAAGACUUCUCGCAGAUUGCUGGUUUCAAGGCCUUGGACGACUUGCCAAGGGUUAAAACACAGCCGCGGUCCUGCUUCGAGAACUUGGCAGGGCAAAUCUCAAAAACGAAAGCCAAAAUACUGGAGAUUUUGUACGAAAACGCAGCCGCUGGAGUGCAAGAAUCGACUUCCAAGCAGCCGUCGAGCAGCAGCAGCUACAAGUUCAUACACAAAGCUAAGAAGACGGCCAUCUUGGGACCCUGGACGUCGCGGGUGGGAGUGUAUUUGGACCGCAGAAAGGGCGUGUUGGCGUUCUACAGUGUGUCGGACGUCGUGACUUUGCUUCAUGAGGUCCACGCGGUGUUCACGCAGCCUCUGUACGCAGGGCUGUGGUUUGGGGGGUAUCAAGGGGCCUACGCAGAGUUCUGUGAGCUGAAGAACACAAACAGCCACUGA